AAUAUUUCGAUCUGGUCCAAGCAACGGCUCCCAUCGACUUCCAUCUCCGCCGACUCGAGCAGGAACAGGCGCCAUGAGGAUACGCCGGCGAGCCAGGAUUUCAGAGACGGAUGUCGAUACGACGUCGUCGGGGAAGGUCGGGAGCUGUGGUCUGCUCCAGACUUAUGUCUGCCAACUCAAUCAGUCUCCCUGGGACGUCAUGAGCUUCUCGCCGCCAUCGUCGACUGCUUCGCUGCCGCCUCCGCCGGUGUCGUCUCAGGUCAAUGGGGCGGAUGCUGCUGCCGGAAAUGGUGCUUCAGAACGCCCUAUUUCAGUUCCUGAAAGUAAAGAAAUUCAAAGCAAUGGCAAUAUGAAAGAAACUCCGGCCGCCGCCGCCGCCGCCGCCGCGGCGGCGAAUAAGAAGAAGAAGGUGAAGGAAGAGCAAUGUUGCAAGACCGACGGGAAGAGCUGGCGGUGCCGGCGGGAGGCCGCCGCCGGCAGCUCGUUAUGCGACCACCACUUGUCCCUCAUAAAAAAUUAUCAGAAUUUGGCUCACAAACAAAAGGCUGCAGCUCCGCCGGAGAAGACGGCGGCGGCGGCGUCGUCGGCGGCGACGCGGCAGAGCACCCGAACCAAGCCGCCGUAUUCGCCGCAAAAUUCUUAUGAAUUCUAUUAUUAUUCAGGUUUCCGACCAGGGUGGAGCAAGAAGAUCAGACCCCAAAUUACGAGCAAGAACGACGAAUCUGGAGCAAAUUCCGAACUCGACGACGAUCAAGUGGCCCAAAAUGAACAUCAUGAACUGGAUUCUGAAGAUAAUUAUGUUCCCGAAGGUAACAAAAAUGGAGGAAAUUUGUCUUCGAAAUCGACGACGACGGCGACGAAGAAGAAAAGAGUUCGAAAGCCAAUCAAGGAGCGAUCUCUUGCAUCUCUGAUGUAAGGAAAGUUCAGAUCUAUUUCGACAUUGCUAAAGGUCCGUUUAGUUUACCUUAUACUUCUCUGAAAUGAAGAUGAUGGAUUUUGGUUCUUGAAUUCAGUUCUUGCAAUCUGAUAAAUUAUACAUACAUAUAUAUAUAUAUAUACAUUUUGCAAAUUGAUUUGAUCUUAAACUGUAAUUGCUUGUUCUUGAGCAUUAAUUAAUGAUCACAGAUCAUAUAUGG